GCACACAUAGAGUUACAAUUUUAAAUUUUAUUCCAAAAAACUUGCACCUGAGUGUUGGUAGAGAAUUUAUUAUUUUUAAAUUUGACACUGGCACAGGCCCGGAAGCUUCUCUCCAGUUCUCCGGGUGAAUCAUGGCGGCGCAGAUGGCGGUAAAUUCGGGAGCCAGUCUGUGGGGGCCGAUGAAGGAGCUUUGGGAGACGGUGGACGGGGCCGUGUUGAGGAGACAGCCAGAGAGUGUCCACAUUCUGGACCUGCAGCUGAAGAAACACAAAACGCACUUUCUGUCACUUUUUAAGAAUCCGCCAAAAAGUGCCGAACAGAGAGAGAAGGUGCGUAAAGCCAGCACAGAGGGCAUCGCCAUCCAGGGUCAACAGGGGUCUCGACUCCUCCCUGAGCAGCUUCUGACAGAAGCCUUCAUCCUCAGUGACUUAUUUGAUAUUGGAGAAUUGGCAGCUUUGGAGCUUCUGUUGGCAGGUGAGCAGCAACAACCUCAUUUUCCAGGUUUGACACGAGGACUUGUAGGUGUGUUGCUCUACUGGGAUGGAAAGCUGUGUGUGGCUAACUCUCUGCGGACACUCAUCCAGUCACGCCACGGCAAGACCUUCACCCUGGAUCUGAGUGGGGAGCUGGUGGCCUUGACGACACGUUUUACAGAUGAACUAAUGAGCCAGGGUCUGACCAAACGCAUCCUGACCCUGGUUUCUGAGAUCAGUGUGACGCGUGAAUUUGAACGGCUGCAGAAGGAGCGCGGCCUGGGCAACGAAAAACACAGGAAGGAGGUUUCUGACCUCAUUAAUGAAUGCAGACAGGCACUGGCUGACAGCCUGUUUUCAUGGACCUGCCAAUCACCCUUGAGUAAAGAUGACACUCUGGCUCUCAUUGGCCACCUGGAGACAGCGACAGCUCAGGCCGACGGCUCAUUGGACCAUGACUGAAGAUA